CCUUCAUCAUCAUAUGAUCCCGGUUCCCAAAUUACACGGAACGCUUUCUUGGAAACCUCCUCUUCUGCCACCUCCACGACUCGGAGAGCCAUGGUGAUCGCCUACGGAGAAGACGAAGACGGCCCCGCUGCCUCGUCCCCUCCCCCGCAGCCGCCGCCGUCGGGCCUCUCCCGGUCGAGACUGCACAAUUUCACUUUCCCUACCAGCAGCUGGGGCUCCCAUCGCACCCUCCGUUGCUCCAACCUCCCCUUCGGCGGCGAUCCCGACAACGCCGGAUCGGUGGUUCCCGCUGUCGAUCAGAACAGCCGGGCGAGCAGGAGGCGGCCGCUGUCCCCUCCGGAUAAAUCCUUUCUCCUGCAGAAGCAGUCCGCGAGGUUCAGGGACUCGAAGGAGGGGGAAGUGGGACGACGGGAGGAAGCGGAGGCCGAGAGGUGCUUUUCUUUGCCUGCUGCUGCGGAGGCGGAGACUGCGGUAAUCGCCAAGCCGUGGAAUCUGAGGACCCGGAGGGCGGCGUGUAAUGCUCCGUCUGAGAACGGGGAGUACCUCUACCCUGUCUUGGCUUCCGGGUCCUCGUCGCUUUUCGAGGCAGAGAAGAGCUGCCCCGCGGCGGAGAUGAUGAAGAGGAAAGCCAGCGGAUCGGAGAAUGGGGAACGCCAGAAAUUCUCGGUAUCACUAUCUCGGGACGAGAUUGAACAGGACAUUUGGGCGAUUAAGGGGAGAAAGCUUCCCCGGAGGCCAAAGAAGAGACUUCGAAUCGUGCAGCGACAGCUCGAUUUGCUUUUUCCUGGAUUGUGGUUGUCGGAGGUAACUCCAGAAACAUACAGGAUCGAUGAAUGAGUUGUUGCUACACAAGUCGGUGAGUACGCUGACGAAGGGGAGCGUUCAUGGAUUUUGGAUGCUGAUUAUUCCUGCAUUCCUGCAUCAUGGUUAGUUUGGUAUCCUAUUUUUUAAUCCGUGAAAUGAAGCUUGAAUACAAGUAAGAUAUGUUUGGGUUUAAUCUUCUUUAAGAUUGCUUCUUUAUUAACGUGGUUUGUCAAUAUUGUUUUUGACCAUCGAAUUCCAUUAUAUCUUAGAAGAGCUUUUGCUAAUUAGUGAGAUUUGUUAUUAUUAUUAUUA